UGUCCUCUCCUUGCCCAGCUACAGUAUGCAGCAGCGCAGUACUCGGACUCGUUUGCUAGGAAUUACAUGUUUCCACUCAGCUGUGAAGCUUUACGAGUGAAGCUAAAAAAUAUUCGGCUUAGACGACAACUGACCGUCCAAUGCGACUGCUAUCAACGUGACACCUGUUCUGGCUUCACGGCCGUUCUUCACAAUGAGAAGGCGAUAGUGCUCAGCUUCAGGAGUACCACGAGAUUUAUGCAACUGGUGGAAGAAAUUGAAAAAUCGGUUUUCGUAAAAAUUCAAAGCUCAUGGAUGUUUGGAGUAAAAGUAUCAAAAUACUUCGGUGAUGGCUUUCAAAAGCCUUGGGACGACUAUAUUGCCCUCAACAGGAUGUAUCCCGUCUAUGGAAUUUGGGUUACUAGGCAUUCUCUUGGUGGUUCACUGGCAUCGUUAACAGCCUCGUAUCCAAUCGGUUCCAAUUCUUCGAUGCCGAAUGGGAUGAAAUUGGUCACCUUUGGUCAACCACGAACUGGCAAUUUGCAGUUCUCCAUCACUCACAAUUCUCAGUUGAAGUACUCAUUCCGUGUCACUCACUGGAGAGGCGUUGUGCCUCAUAUUCCGCUUCAGCGGGCCGUUCAUUGUUAUCAUCAUAAUGAAGAAGCGUUCUACAAAUACAACAUGGCUGCAAAUUCGGUUAUCAUUUGUUCAGAUAUGAGAUGUAGUGACGGUUUGUGGUUAAACUCAAGUAUUGCCGAACACAAACAUUAUUUUGGAAAACAGAUGGACGAUUACGGAGAAAGUGGCUGGGUGUUGAAGGAAUAA